UGGACAGAGGGGGAGAUACACAUGGAUUGAGAUGAUGUGUGUAUGUUUGGGAGAGAGAGAUCAAACAGAGGAGAGAUCAGGGAGCAGAACCGGGUGAUGUGUGGAACAGAUUAAUGGAAAGGGGCUGAUGCUGCUGUCGCUAUGAUACACAUUUAUACUUUGACGUUAGUCUGAACUGUCCAUUUAGUUAAUAACCCUGUUUGGUGCAGUUUUAGUGGUUUAUUUUGUAGCCUUUUUUAUUUUUGACUGCAAUGAAAGAGGUUUAGUUCUUAGUCAUACUGGCUAUUUUUAUUGUGGUAUGUAGCGGAGGACUAGAGCUGCAACCGAUGAACCUAAGAGGACAGAAAGCAGGAGGACUUGAAGUAAAGCAGUGGAAUAAUAGGAUUGACACGUCUUUUGCAAAUAUGAAGUGAAAAGGCAACAUUCUGAACUUUAAAAGCUUGUGUGUUUUAUUAUUAUUAUUAUUUUUUUUUUAUGUGCGUACAGAGCUCAGGCCGUUGCUAAAAUCAUUUGUUUUAUUCUUUCCUUUGCGAGUCUGGCAAAACUAGGAUUGUAAAACUAGGGAAUCAGGAGCUAAGAUGAGACCAAGAAUUGUGUGCAGCGUGGAAAAAAGAUGUACAUAUACAUUUUAAAACAUUUCUAGAAUUUCACCUUACUUAAAAACAUACCUUAGAAAUACUACCUUCGCUGUACAAUGUAGACAUAUAAGGUAUAGUGUUAAAAUGUUUGUAUUGCAGCUCUAAGUUGCUAAAAAGCAGUUUAUGGCAAUAUUUUUUUAAGUACAUAGUGUGGUUUUCCAGUGUGGUACGUAGUACUGUCCACUAUAAGGGCUGUGCAGUAUGUCAUGCGGUGUACGCAGUCGCUCCAUGGUGGUAAUCCAUAGCAGAUGUACUCAACAUGCUGUACCAAAACCUGAGACGAGCCAACCCCCCUCCAGUGGUGGUCAAUACCGACAGCGUAGACACCCCCCCAUAUGUCAAUGGAACAGAAGCAGACUAUGAGUAUGAGGAAAUCACGCUGGAAAGGGGUAACUCAGGCCUGGGCUUCAGUAUUGCUGGUGGCACAGAUAACCCCCACAUUGGAGAAGACCCUUCAAUCUUCAUAACCAAGAUAAUCCCAGGAGGAGCUGCAGCGCAGAAUGGACGACUCAGGGUGAAUGACUGUAUAGUCCGAGUGAAUGACACGGAUGUCAGGGAGGUGACACACAGCGGAGCAGUGGAGGCACUCAAGGAGGCAGGAGGACUGGUCCGAUUGUGUAUACGACGCAGGAGGAGCCUCGCUGAAAGAAUCAUGGAUAUUAAACUGGUCAAAGGACCCAAAGGUUUAGGAUUCAGCAUAGCAGGGGGUGUUGGAAACCAACACGUUCCAGGUGACAACAGCAUCUAUGUGACUAAAAUCAUUGAGGGAGGAGCUGCACACAAAGAUGGACGGUUACAAAUAGGAGAUAAACUUAUUGCUGUAAAUGCUUCUUGUUUGGAGGAGGUAACUCAUGAAGAUGCAGUUGCAGCACUAAAGUCCACUCCGGAUGUAGUGUACCUCCGCGUUGCUAAACACAGCUCCCUUUUCAUCAAUGACAACUUCCCUCCACCUGAUGUCACUAACUCAGCAUAUUCCCCACAUCAGGACAACCAUGUAAGUCCUUACAUGAGUGGGAGCCAGUCUGUAAGUCCAGCCCCACUGACCACACCAAGAUACUCACCUCUGACCAGGAGCCUGACGGCAGACGAAGAUGUUCCCAGGGAACCCAGGCGAGUUGUUCUACAAAGGGGUUCUACGGGUCUUGGCUUUAACAUUGUUGGAGGGGAAGAUGGAGAGGGGAUCUUCAUCUCUUUCAUACUGGCUGGAGGUCCAGCUGAUCUCUGUGGAGAGCUAAGAAAAGGAGACCGCAUCCUGUCGGUGAACGGCGUGGACCUUUCCAUUGCAACACAUGAGCAGGCAGCUGCAGCUCUAAAGAAUGCUGGACAAACGGUUACUAUCGUAGCUCAGUAUAGACCUGAUGAGUACAGUUGUUUUGAGGCCAAAAUCCAUGACCUGAGGGAACAAAUGAUGACCAGCAGUGUCAGCUCCAGCUCAACCUCUCUCCGCUCCACACAGAAACGCACACUUUACGUCAGGGCUUUGUUCGACUAUGAUGGAAGUGCUGCAGAUCUGAGUGCACCCAAUCAGGCUCUGCCAUUUAAUUUUGGAGACAUCCUCCAUGUGAGCAGCGCUGGUGAAGAGGAGUGGUGGCCCGCCCGUCACCUUAGCCCCCCACCCCCAAACUGUCCUGAAGUUGGACUCAUCCCCAGCCGAAGGAGAGCAGAGAAGAAGGAGAGAUCGAGGCUAAAGAUGGUCAGAGUGUCGAGGUCUCAGGACAGAUCGGAUCAGGAAGAUAAAGCGCUGGUAACCUCUGGCACCAGUGAUAGUGAGAGUAGUUCCUCUGGCCAGGAAGAGGUCCUCCUCACUUACCAGCCUGUUGUGCAGCAGGAAGUUAAUUACACACGGCCAGUCAUUGUACUUGGACCAAUGAAAGACCGGGUCAAUGAUGAUCUGAUCUCUGAGUUUCCAGAAAAAUUUGGAUCCUGCGUUCCACACACAACACGGCCACGAAGAGACUACGAGGUGGAUGGCAGAGAUUAUCACUUCAUGUCCUCCAGAGAGCUGAUGGAGCAAGAGAUUCAGGAACACAAGUUCAUUGAGGCUGGACAGUAUAAUAACCACCUCUAUGGAACCAGCAUACAGUCUGUCAGAGAGGUCGCCGAUAAGGGGAAGCACUGCAUCCUGGAUGUAUCUGGGAAUGCGAUAAAGCGUCUCCAGAUGGCAGGCCUCUAUCCCAUCGCUAUCCUCAUUAGACCACGUAAUGUUGAAAACAUCCUAGAGAUGAACAAACGUUUGACAGAGGAUCAGGCGAGGAAAGCCUUCGACAGAGGCAUCAAACUGGAGCAUGAGUUUGCAGAGUACUUCACUGCAAUAGUCCAUGGCUCAUCUUUAGAGGAAAUUUACUCCCAGGUCAAGCAAAUCAUUGAGGAGCAGUCUGGUCCUUACAUCUGGGUGACCACCAGGGAGCGACUUUGAAUAAACACACACAUAUGAAAUAUCCAUGCACACAUCACUGUAUCAACAUAAUUUUUUUUUCUAUUAUCAGCCUGCUUCCUCUGUUUUGCAUUACUGCACACACAUGUAUUUACACAAGCACACAAUAUUGGAGUGGCUGGGACUAUCUGGGACUUCACCUUCCUGAAGUGGGGGACCUCAGGUCUGUCCAGCAGCGUUCUGGUGGAUCUUCCUUCAGCUUGGUUCCUUAAUGUUUAAGGAGUUGGUUCAAAUCAAGGCAGCCUGUACCAUGAGCUGAUUUAUUUCACUACUGUUCUUCUUAUUGUUGUUGUUGUUGUUGUUUUCAUAUUAACAAAGAGUAAUGCAUUCAUGUAUUGGUUUGUAAUGAUAAUAUUGUCACCAAGAGGCAGACUUUUGCACGCUGUAGCUUUACGAGCAUGUUUUUGGGACAAAAAUCUUGGUCUGAUCCCUGUAUGUCUCUCUGUCUGUCUAUUGUUCCAGGUGACAUUGCAAAUAUUUUUAGAUUUUGUUUUCUCUUUAGUUCAUUUCUCAUCCCUUUGUCCCCUCCUUUUCUCUCCUUACACUCUUAUACCAUUAUAUAUGAGAUGAUAAUAUCUAUUGUAAUUCUACCUUGCCCCGUAAUUCUGGCAUUGAAAGCUACCAUUGCUGGUUGAAGUAUAAAAAAAAUGUCUAAUCACUUUAGAGAUUUGGGGACUAAUAACCUUCAAUUUAUAUGUAUCAUCUGUUACCAUAGCUUAUGUAAGCAUAUUAGUUUUUCAACAUAGAAUUUAGAGAAUGACAUCAACAUUUAAAAGCUAUCUGAAGCUUUUAGUUUUGUUUUUUUAUAAUCAAUUACUGUACCAUCUAACUACCAAAAAAAAAGACUUUAUGUCUUCAAUCUGACCCAUAUUUAUUUCGUUUGUCAGGCCUCUCCCAAUAUAAGCAGUGGCCAGAUGAGCAAAAGCACUAAUAAUUUUUUUUUUGUAAAACAUAAACAAUCAUAGUUCUUGUGUUUCCAGCGCAGCACAGGAUUUACGGCCAACCUUUUUUUUACUAAUUUACCCUCUAAUCUGUUUUUAACUAUACAAAACAUGAAAACAUUUUGAAAACUGGUCUUGCAUCUCUAAUGGAUAGUAAGUACACUAAAAAGAUCAGAACCAAAGAUAUUCCGUAUUUGUGGGGUUUAAAAACAGGAAUAAAGCAAUGGGAAAUUGGUCUAUCCAAAUAAUUAAAAUAAUAAAGGUUAAAAACUUUUAUAUUUUCUGCUUAACUAAAUAUACAGAGUUGAGAGAUUUGUGCUUGUUCAAUAACCAUAUAAAGUUGAGAGAAGAUUUGUAUGAAAUAUAUUAAAGCUAAUAAAUCAAAUUCAAGUAAAUUAAUAAAAUAUCACAAUCUGACUUUAAAAGAGGAAAAUAUGUUGUUUUUUUUCAUUCAUCUAAUUGAAAAGUGUCAUUUUUAUAUUUAAUUUAAGGGACUUGGAUGUGCUCCCUUCCAAGUCUUCCAGACUUAAUUUUCCUUUUCUUUACUUAUUCUGACUUGAUGUCCCACUCUCAUAUCUGUGUUUCUCGUCGUAACACCAGCUUAAACAGUGUAUCGGCUUCUUCAUCCCCAUUGUCAUCCCAUCCAUUAUCAUCGUCACAGUCUUUGUAACAGCUUCCCCUCCUAAUGAUAGUUGCACUAAUGAGGGCUGAUUUCCUAAAAGCAUCUUGCUUUAAAUUGUUUUGUUUAUUGAUUAUGAAGGAUGCAAAAGGGCAGUUUUUGGGAAGGUUUUUACAUAUUUGUAGUAUAUAAAGACAUCACAUGUGCCCUAUAGGUAAAAGUUUGUUACUCAGUUAAUACUCAGCAUCUUUUAUGUUUGUUUUAUUUUUUCUGCUGAGAGUUUAUUUUUCUUUUUAAGUUUGUUGUCCUUAUGCCCAUAAAAAUCUCUGAGCUAGUCCCAUGUGUGACCUCAGCACUCAGCUCAAUAUGCUGUGGGGUUUUUUUCACCUCCAUAAAUACCAACUAAAGCUUUGGCUUCACUAGUUUCUCCUUGUCACAGAAACUAAACUUUCGAGUCCAUGUGACAGAAUGUGUGAGAAACACUUUUGCUGAGUGUUGAGGUCAGGAAUUAAAAUCACCUGAAAUGUGAUGAUAAUUUGUUGUGGAGUAUAAAAACUCUCUUGCUCUUGAUGACACAGCCCUUGUAUGCUUGUAUGGACCUCGUCAGCCACCCACUCCCCCAUUCCACUGUAAACCCCUGGGGCAACACUUCCAAGCUGACUGGAGGACAGAGAUGUACAAUGGAGCCGUUCUGUCAGCAGAGGAGCCCUUAAAUAGUAAAAAAAAUUAUUUUGACCAAAUGUUUUGAAAUUUUAACACUUUCUCAAAGAAUGUUCUGCUGAACUCAUGAUUUCUCAUUUACAUUUUCCCAUUAAUCCCAGAAAAUAAUUUUUAUUCAUCAGCUGAGAGAACGGAAACCUCUGUAUGACUCUGGCUGUGUGUUUCUUCCAGGGGACUAUGCCACUGUUUGUUAGAGUAAAGCACCGAUGCAAAGAAUCUAUUAAAGAGAUGUAUCUAUAUCUGACAUAUUAUAAUAUUUAUCCCUGCUCUAACUGCCUAUUUUGGUACGAAAAAAUAAAAGGCUUUAUUGAGCUUUACUGCAGUCCCUUUA